GAGAUUUGCUUUGUAUGAGCGUGUUAUUCCGGCAGUGGUGAUCAAUCUCCGUUUAUUUCAUUUCCUUUCUGGUUCAGUGGUGCGUAGCGGUGUUGUGGCGGCUCCAUAAUGACAUCCGAUGAUAAAGGAGGCGUAGAGGAUAACGAGAUGACGUCCAAGUUGAACUUUCAAGCUGUAUCGUCGUCGUCAACGGUAUCAGAUGCAAUGCCUUCACAUGAAGGCGACUUGGAGGCGGGCAAGCCUGAUGUUGCCAACGCAAACCAGAGCGGAGGCGCUGCUGAUGGCUUCUCUGAUCCUUUUGAUAUUGCCAACACCAAAAAAGCGUCCGUCCAGGCGCUCAAACGGUGGAGGCAAGCUGCACUUGUUCUCAACGCUUCACGUCGAUUUCGCUAUACUCUGGACUUGAAAAAGGCAGAACAGAAAGAUCAGAGAAGAAGAAUGAUUAGAGCACAUGCCCAAGUCGUAAGGGCCGCAUUGCUUUUCAAACUGGCUGGGCAAAGGGCAAUUGUGUUGGGGGCCUCAGUUACUCCUCCAGUUCUGAGUGGUGAUUACGGAAUCAGUCUUGAGCAAUUAGUUUCAAUUACAAGGAAUCAAGAUUCUUCUGCCCUGCAACAAAAUGGAGGGGCCAAAGGCUUAUCAGGAAAGUUAAAAACAAAUCUGAAUACAGGAAUCAUUGGGGAUGAGGAUGAAUUGUCAAAGCGUAGGAAUACUUUUGGAUCAAACACAUAUCCUACCAAAAAGGGCCGCAGUUUUUUGAGGUUCCUUUGGGAGGCUUGGCAAGAUUUGACCCUCAUCAUCUUAAUAAUAGCUGCCGUGGCAUCUCUGGGACUUGGAAUAAAAACAGAAGGUCUUUCAACAGGGUGGUAUGAUGGUGGUAGCAUCUUCUUUGCUGUUUUUCUUGUUAUUUUUGUAACAGCAACAAGUGACUACCGGCAGUCUCUUCAAUUUCAAAACUUAAACGAGGAAAAGCGAAAUAUUCAAGUGGAGGUUAUUAGAGGUGGCAGGCCAGAAAAGAUGUCAAUAUAUGAAAUAGUUGUUGGUGAUAUUAUACCUCUCAAGAUAGGUGAUCAGGUUCCGGCUGAUGGAAUCUUAAUAAGUGGUCAUUCUUUGGCCAUUGAUGAAUCCAGCAUGACCGGUGAAAGCAAGAUUAUGCAAAAAGAUUCAAAGUCACCUUUCUUGAUGGCUGGUUGCAAGGUAGCUGAUGGUGCUGGAACAAUGCUGGUAACUGGUGUUGGAAUUAAUACUGAAUGGGGAUUGCUGAUGGCAAGUAUAUCAGAGGAUACUGGUGAAGAGACCCCAUUGCAGGUGCGGUUGAAUGGUGUUGCAACUUUUAUUGGCAUAGUGGGCCUUGUGGUGGCACUCACUGUGCUAAUUGUUCUUUUGGUUAGAUUUUUCACCGGGACUACUAAAAAUCCUGAUGGAAGUGCUGAGUAUGUUAGGGGAAAGACUAGUGUUACUGAAACAAUUAAUGGUGUGAUACACAUCAUAACUGCUGCAGUUACCAUUGUAGUUGUUGCAGUCCCAGAAGGUCUUCCCUUGGCUGUUACUUUGACCUUAGCAUAUUCGAUGAAGAAAAUGAUGGCUGACAAGGCCUUGGUGCGCAGACUUUCAGCUUGUGAAACUAUGGGUUCUGCUACAACUAUCUGUAGCGAUAAAACUGGCACAUUAACCCUGAAUCAGAUGACAGUAGUUAAUGCCUAUGUUGGGAAAAAGAUGAUAGAUCCACCCGAAGAUGGCUCCCAAGUACACCCAGUUGUUUGUCCUUUACUAGAUGAGAGCUUAGUGCUGAACACAGCGGGCAGUGUUUUUACUUCUAAGGAUGGCAGUGGAAUAGGGGUUUCUGGAUCUCCUACGGAAAAGGCCAUUCUGACUUGGGGUGUUAAGUUGGGGAUGAAGUUCGAUGUUGUUAGAUCAGAUUCUGUAGUCCUUCAAAUUUCUCCUUUUAACUCUACAAAAAAACGAGGAGGUGUUGCAGUGAGAGGACAGCAGAGUAACUCUCAGGUCCAUGCACAUUGGAAGGGAGCAGCAGAAAUCAUUUUAGCAUCAUGUACAGCGUACUAUGACUCAAAUGGCUGCUUGCAGCCCAUUGAGAAUGAGAAGGAUUUUUUCAAGGGAGCUAUUGAAGAUAUGGCGGCAAGAAGUUUGAGGUGUGUUGCAAUUGCCUACAGAAGUUGCGAUACUGACAAAGUUCCAACUGAUGAAGAGCAGCUGUCAGAAUGGCAAAUGCCUGAAGAUGAUCUUAUUUUGCUUGCCAUUGUUGGCAUAAAGGAUCCUUGUCGCCCUGGUGUCAAAGAUGCAGUGAGACUCUGCACUAAUGCUGGUGUUAAGGUGCGCAUGGUUACUGGAGAUAAUAUUCAAACUGCUAAAGCAAUAGCUUUGGAAUGUGGAAUUUUAUCUUCCGAUGCAGAUAUUACAGGGGAUGAUAUAAUUGAUGGGAAGACAUUCCGUGAGUUGCCUGAAAAGGAGAGAGAAGAAGUUGCUAAAAGGAUUUCGGUUAUGGGAAGGUCAUCCCCUAGCGACAAGCUCUUACUUGUGCAAACACUACGUAAACAAGGAGAUGUUGUUGCUGUAACGGGAGAUGGGACCAAUGAUGCCCCUGCACUACAUGAGGCUGAUAUAGGUCUUGCAAUGGGCAUUCAAGGGACAGAAGUUGCAAAAGAGAGUUCAGACAUCAUUAUUCUUGAUGAUAAUUUUGCUUCAGUAGUAAAGGUUGUACGUUGGGGCCGUUCUGUUUAUGCAAAUAUUCAGAAAUUUAUCCAGUUCCAGCUGACAGUAAACGUUGCAGCUCUUGUUAUUAAUGUUGUAGCAGCAAUUUCUUCUGGUGACGUUCCUUUGAAUACAGUCCAGCUUCUAUGGGUGAACCUUAUCAUGGAUACUCUAGGAGCAUUGGCACUGGCUACAGAACCUCCAACUGACCAUCUGAUGCAUAGACCUCCUGUUGGUCGAAGAGAGCCUCUUGUAACCAAUAUCAUGUGGAGGAACCUGACUGUUCAGGCUGUGUAUCAAGUUGCUGUUCUCCUUGUUCUCAACUUUUGUGGGAAGAGCAUUCUCAACUUAGAGCAGGAUAAAACAGAACAUGCUAAUAUGGUGAAGAAUACCUUGGUGUUCAAUGCUUUUGUUCUGUGCCAAAUAUUUAAUGAGUUCAAUGCUCGAAAGCCUGAUCAAAUGGAUGUCUUUGAAGGGGUGAUGAAAAACCAUCUCUUUGUUGGGAUUGUGGCAACUACUUUCAUACUCCAGAUUGUUAUUAUUGAAUUCCUGGGAAAGUUCACUUCAACCGUCAGACUCGAUUUCAAACAAUGGUUGAUUUCACUCGGAGUUGGUAUUGUCAGCUGGCCUCUUGCCAUCCUGGGGAAAUUGAUCCCAGUUCCCAAGACCCCACUGGCAAAUGCCUUCCUCAAACCUUAUCGGCGAUGCAUUUCAUCUCGUGGUGCUCAAUAAAUGGCGUCAAUUAUAAUGUUGCUGUCCAAGCCCAACACGCAUAUUUUCUUUAAUAUGUGGUCGUGAUGCUCCUUUAGCUAAUUUACGUUUUUAUUUGUUUUCGAAAAUCAAAUAAUAAACAAAAUUUGCAUCGUUAAGUUCAUACCUUAGAAUGGCAUUGCUAAGCAACGUUUCUGUUUUUGCAAAGAAAUGUAAAUGGAAUGUUAUCGCUUUUUAAUGGGUAAAA